AUGGGCGUGCUCGUACUCGCGCUGGGUGAUGGCCAGCUGGCGCUUGGCCGCAGCCAGCUCGUCGGCCUGCUGAAGGAGGAGCUGGCGAUUAUCCCUUAUAAGAAAUUGAUUUUCCAUGAAGAUGAGGGAUAUUAUCUCACCUUUGAGAUUGAGGAAGAGGUGGACAUGGUCGAGGAUGAUGAUCCUACAAAUGGAGAUGAAGAUUCUAAUUCUAAAGAAAAGGAGCAUGAGAAGAGAAAGGACCCUAAGGGAGAUAAUUCAAAGAAUGGCAAUUCAUCCAGAGAGCCACAGGCAAAAAAUGACUUUCCUAUGACUGGGGGCAAUGGAGUAUCUGAUGUCAAUAAGGGUGCGCAUACAGCUGCUCUUCAGACAUUGCCUGAUCUUGCACAAUGCAGUGUUGUGGAGGCGGGUUUGGAGAAGAUCACCGGAUCUACACCGACCCCUGUUUCGAGCCGAAGACUUUAUAUCUCUCCCUCGACGAAACAGAAUGGUUGUGCUCUGGUUGUUGAUGACGGAGAUGGGGUUGGCCUGCCUAGGACGCUAGGUUCUGAUAUACUCCAGUCUACCGCGAUCACUGAUGGUAUUUCUACUCGCAUAUCUUCCCCUGCCGAGCCAGGGAAGUCGCGUGUCAUGACAGCGUCUGCUGCCGUGGCAGACCUGCCUGCUUUCUCUGUCGUGGCAGAGCUUUCAGGUGCGGAAAUUCCUUAUAAAUAUGGUGGCAUUGGUGUGGAUGUGCAACCAGCAUUUAACCACCCAUUACUGAGAGACCACAAAAUUCAGAUGGAACCAAGUUCUCUCCCACUGAGUACAUAUGUAGAAUCUCCAUCGACGCAUUCCAUGCCACAAGCACAAUUGCCUAUCAUUGACUGCCCGACAGGAACAAUUCCAAUAUUGCGUAACAAUAGAAUGGACCACAUGGCGGCGAAAACUAUUGACGCAGUGAUAGGCAAGGACCUUCAAGAAGAUGGUGCAGGAAUCGAAUAUAAGGAUGAGCUAUAUGGAACACGGGCAAAAAUAAAUGUUUAUGCUCCAAAAGUGAAGACGAAUAGUAAGGAUUUCAGUGCAUCAAGCAUACAAAUGAAUGGGGGGCCAAAACCGGGCCUUCGAGAUGCGAUAGGUGCCGGUUCUUUGGUAUAUCCAAGAUAUAGUGGUGACAGCUUUGCUAGAUUUCAUGUUUUCUGGGAUUAUGGUGUACCAACAAAUAGUUGCCUCAAUCAUGAUUGCCCUGGUUUCGUGCAAGUUAGCCGAAGUGUUGUCCUCGGAGGAAGAAUAAACCCAAUAUCUUCCUAUAAUGGACCGCAGUAUGUAAUAGAUGUUCUUAUAUUUAAGGAUCCAAAGACUAAAAACUGGUGGGUAUCUUAUGGUGAAAAAAAUACACCAAUUGGAUAUUGGCCAAGCUCAAUUUUCCAAUACAUGAAGGACACGUGUGAUUUCGCAUUUUGGGGUGGAUAUGUUCAAGGUCCAACAGCAUCGACAAACUCUCCACAAAUUGGCAGCGGUCAUUUUGCUUCAGAAGGCUUUGGAAAAGCAUCUUUUCUGAAAAAUAUCCAAAUUGUAGAUAAGAACAAUAAUCUUAUUACUCCAAAUGUUCAUAGAGCCUAUCCAGGCAGUACCAAUUCUUCCAAAUAUACUUCAUCUAAUUAUGAUGUCAAUAACUAUGGUAUCCAUGUGUACUAUGGUGGACCCGGUGAUUUAGUGUGA